CAAAUUGUUGUAUUUUUCCUUGUGGAAAAGAAGAUCUAUGCCAAUCUGUUAUCAUCGUGUGUUUUGAUAACCCUUUCAUCUCAAAGUCCACCCCUAAACCUAUAAAGUUUCCUCAAGAUCUUCCUUUUUAUGUCACAAGUACUCUCUCUUUGCUCUUGAAAUUGUUUUUUUUUCUAAACUGGGUUUUUUUCCGCUUUUGAUUUUGAACCCAAAAGUAAAAAGAAUGGGAAAAAAUCAAGCUUACAAAGCUAUGCAGCGAGCAAGGUUGGGUUCUGGCUCAGGUGGACCUGAUGAAGUUGAUGAUGGAAUGGUGGAUGGUUCUUUUCAUACACCAGAGUGGCAUGCGGCUCGUUUGGCAAGCCUCAAAACUUCUCAUACAGUUACCUGGGAAGAGUUCAAACAGAAACAGAAGGAAGAAGAAGUGAGAAAAGGAGAGCUAGAAGCAGACAAAGAUAAAAUGAUGAGGGAAUACAGGGCUCAGCUAGAUGCUGAAAGGGCCAGCAAGCUCUCUCAGGGAAGGAAUCAUUCCAGCAGUAAACACAGUAGCAAAAAGGAUAAGAAGGACAAAGAUACAAAGAAACAGAGAAGCAAAAAGAGAAAGUUCAUAUUUGAAGAUCUUCAGAAUGGACUUGUGUGAUUGAGUACACUACAUUUGAAUGACACAUAUAUAUUACCUAAACUGAUUCAGCGUUCAAGGAGAUAUUCCGAUUCCAGCUCUUCAAGCUCAUCAUCUGAAUCUUCAAGUUCUGACGAUGAGGAUAGAGAAUCCAGAAAAUCAAGAUCCAAGUCUAAGAGAAGGAAGAAAGAAAAGAAGCACCAGUCGAGGUCGAGGUUGAAGCAGUCUACAAGCGAUGAUGAAGCUGAUGGUCCUUUGCCACUUUCUAGAUUCUUUGGCAGCAUAAAAAGCUAAUGCCUCAUUUGACAUGUAAUUCUACUUUUUCUUCUUCUGAUGAUGAU